UGCUGCCCCGCGACGUAAACAACGGCCCUAUAAAGAGCGGCGCCGCGCUGCGCCCGCGUCCUGCUGCCGGCAGCGGAGCGAAGGGAGAGGAGCAGAGCGGAGCGGAGCAGAGCUGCGGGAAUAACAGAUAGACCCAGCCAUGUGGGCAGGGCUGGGGCUGGCCCUGGUUCUCUGCCUCCUCCCAGGAGGGGGGGCAGAGAGCCAGCGGUGCCAGGAGCCCCCAGAAUGGCGCAUCGGGGAGGAGAGCCCAAUGCUGGACGCCAGGGGGUCGGUGGCAGUGGUGGCUCUCCUCCAAGCCAGCUGAUACUUGUGCCUGCUGCAGGCUUCCAGAUUGGAGGACCUGCGAGUGAAGCUGGAGAAUGAAGGGCUGGUCAACAUCUCGUAUGUGGUUGUCAACCAUCAAAGUCCUCAUUCCCAGAAGAAAUUCCACCUACUGCAGGAAAGCGUUUCAGACCAUAUUGCUGUCUACCAACAAGAUGAUCAUCAAGCUGAUGUCUGGAUGACUUUAAAUGGAAACAAAGACGAUUUUCUCAUCUAUGACAGAUGUGGUCGUCUAGUGUAUCACCUGGGUCUUCCCUAUUCCUUCCUGUCUUUCCAAUAUGUAGAAGAGGCUAUUAAGAUUGCAUACUGUGAAAACAAGUGUGGAAAUUGCUCUUACACGGAUCCUGAUGUUGAUAAUGUAUGUGAAAACAUCACCAAAAAAGAAGAAGAGAAUCUAGCAGGGAUAGAACCUGAACCCGAACCAAGUGGUCAGCAUUCACAUCAUCACCACCAGCUGCACAGGCACAGACACCACCACCACCAUCGUGAGGGUGGUCGUCAUUCCAAAAAUCAGAACCAUCCGGCCCCUUCUGAGUCUCAAAGGCGUCACCCUCAGCACGGGCGACGUCACAGAGUUUUCAACCACAACAGACAUGAUCAGAUAGGUAGCCGUGAUCAGGUAGAAACUCUUCCUCCAGGAGAAGGCGUGGAAGUUGUUCCACGUGUCACAAAACUAUGAAAAAAGGGGAAAACCAUCUGUAAAAACCAGUUAACUUGAAACUGGCAGACAGCAUCAGACUCAACAACCAGUAGCUGAUGCUGUCAUUGUCGACACCUUCUGUUUGAGGAGUUAGGAAAUUCCAUCACUUGACAGUGUCGCGGAGCACUUCCAAACUCGUGCAGGUGACACGGGCAGCUGUUGGCAGAGGACAUCACUGAGUCCUGACAGUGACGUCUGCUCACUGCUGCCUGAGAGUCAGCUGCAGCAGGAGGAAGUGAAACUGAUGACACCUGACAGUGACAGGAAAGGGCAGGAAACUGAGCAUGAAAAACAAACUAAACGCUUAAAGAACGCAGGGGAGUCACAUGGCCUACAUUUACUUAAUUACAAGAAGGGAAAAGCCAUCGGAUUAUGUAUCUCUAUUGGUCCCAAAUAAAAAUUAGACUAAGGUGGCAGGAGCGUAGAGCUGAAGUUUUGCAAAGAGCGGUGCUCUUGGGGUGACAUAAGGCCACCAGUGAAAAUUUCUUACUGUAAAGGAAUUGGAUUAACCCGUAGUUUGUUUUUCAGUUACAGUGGGAAGGUGUCUGCGUGGUUGAUUAAUUUGUCUUUCUUGUUUUUCUUCUAACAUUCUGCUUGCAUUUGUGAGGACAGGAGCAUAAACUAUGACCUAGGGGCUCCUGUUUGAUAUUUUGCAAUCAAGAACAGAAGAUAAGCAAAAGAGAUAUUUUAAUCUUUUUUUUUUUUUUUUUUCUUUAUUAUUAAGAGGGGAUAUAUUCAAUUUUUUUUGUUUGUUUGUUUUCUAAAGUAGUAAUACAAAAUAUGUACAAGCAAAGCUUAAUGCUAAACCGUGGACCAAAAUAACUUUUUAUCUCAAGUGUAAGAUUGAACAGUAACUGCAUUGUUUUAAAGUAACAGAUCACAUACUUAACUUCUGUGGAUUAAAUGUAGCACCAAGUUUGUCAAAUCCCACUCAAUCAAUAAAUUCAUGCCUGAAGUGAGAAGCAGUAUUAACAGCUCUCUGUGCAGAAUCAAUGCCUCUAUCAAAAAAGAGACAGGAUAAACUCAGUCUUGGCUUAAUACUUUUCUUUGCUUAUGACAGUACGCAAUUUGUUACCUGCAAUAUGUAUUGAUUAGUAAGGCAAUAUACCACUGACAUUUUUAUCAUUUCUUUGUGUGUAGCUUAGCAUUUUCUAAUUUAGAUUAACCAUGCUGAAGUAAAAAUUCUUUUGUUCAAAGGAUUCCUGGAUGAGCAGAGUAUUCAAGAAAGGAAAGCUGCUUUGAAAGCAUACGCCAUAAUUAAUGAUGAUUGAAUAGGGAAAUCAUUACUCCUAUGAAAGCUGAAUAUUUUUGUGGUGAAUGCUGAUUAGCAAGAAAGUAGUACUGAAUAUAAACAAAACAUGUGCCUUUGGAUUAUUUGACAAGAGACUUUUCAAUAAAAAAAUAUCCAGCA